AUGUGGAAGAGGCGCAGUUUACUGAGAGCUGCGGUGAAUGAGCGGCUGGCGGCGGCUGCGGAGGAGAUCUUUGCGCUGGUGGAGAGGACCAUAGCGGAGUAUGAGGAGGAGGUGUACCGGUGCAAAGCGGAGAGCCAGAGGAGGCAGCAGCUGGGCUCAGGUGUUGGGAUCCACUGGUUCAGUCCUGAUCCCAGACUGAUGCAAACAGUCCCAGAGACUCCGCAGAUUAAAGAGGAACCAUCCGAACUCUGCCUCGCCCGAGAGGAAGAGCUGCUCCCAGAGGGGUCGCUGUGA